AUGGUCCUGUCCCGCCGGAUCGUUGUCGACGAUGUCUCCCCUCGCAUCCAGUAUGAUGCGGGCUGGGCGGUUGCGGAUGCCUCCGCGCUCAAUGCCGUGGGCAACUACGGGGCAGUUUACCGCGGAACAACGCAUAGUACGACCCUCGAUGGCGCACAGCUGCGCUUUGCCUUCGCAGGCACCUUCGUCGACGUUGUCGGCUCCAUCGGCGUUGUCAAGCUCGCAGAUGGAACAUAUGACCCUACGUGGGAGUGCACUGUCGACGGUAUCGCGAUUCCCCAGCCCAAUCCGACCUUUCCCUUUCCCGAAAAUCACUGGUCGCUCUGCGGGCAGGACAACAUCCCCCCGGGGCAACACACCCUUCAAAUCAUGGUGCAUACAACCCAGGGCAGGGCGUUCUAUCUCGACAACAUCGUGUACCGGCCGGUGGACGAGGAGGGGUGGAAUGUGGACGGCGCCAUCGUUGAGUAUCCGAAUACGGAUGCGGAUGUGACGUUCGGAGCGGGCUGGGAGCAGUGGGGCGCGCAGAACAUCACGCGGACCAGCGGAGCGCAGGUCGCGUUGGACUUCCAUGGCACGGAGGUUAUGUUAAUCGGUUUUAUUCCCAUUGAGCUCCCGCCGAAUUCGACAACUGCAACAUACACAAUCGAUGACGCGUCGCCCGUCACCGUGAACCUCCCUGGCAUCGCGCCUGGCCUCACGGUCACGCAGUACAACGCCGUUAUUUUUUCUGCGGCCAACCUCGCCCCGAAGCCACACCACCUGGUCGUCACAUACCACGGUGACCAGAGCCACACGCCUCUGCCUGUCGGCUCAUUCCACGUCGUCAACGCGAUUGGCACUUCCACGGUUUCUUCCGGUCCUUCUGGCACACCCACUCAGGAAAUUCCCUCGCGGCACGUUGCGACACAAAACGUCGCGCUAAUCGUCGGAAUCGUCAUCGGGUGCCUUGUCCUCGCGGCUGCAAUCAUCAUCAGCACUCUCUACUCCAUUAAACAUCGGCGCAAGCGCCUACGCGCCGAUGCCGAAGCCAGGGAGCCACAGCCGUUUGCCGACCACCGGCGUGGGCCACAGCUGUCGCGAUCGCAACGCAAACAAAUUGCCCCCAUGACAGCUGGCACCAUAUCGGAGAAACUGGCGGGGAACUCCACCACAUCGCCAAGGCGUGUUGUGCAGCACCAUGAGGACAGCGGGCUGCGCUAUGGCCCCGCGCUGGAGGUUGUGGAUAUACCGCCAACGUAUACGCAGGAUUGA